AUGGACAGUCUACGUCAGCAACCCGACCCUCCCGGGAAUGCCGGUCUGGAUGUCGAAGCAUCGCCGCCGCCCGCUUUCAGCAGUCGUUCUUCCCUGCCUCCCUCUCCUUCUUCCAGUCGCCCGACGACGCCGCUGCUGGUUGCCGACUACUUUUCUUCUCAACCGGGUCCUUCCCAGCAGCCACAAACGCAAACAGAAGCACAAGCGUCUUCCAUACCCACCAUCACAACCACAUCGCAUACAACACCACCAGCAUCGUCCGCAGCAUCUUCCUCCUUCACUCCAGCUAUAUUUCCGUCAGUGGUGACCUCAGAGCAUCCCGAUAUCGGAUCUGCCGUCAACCUCGCUGGACCUUCUUCAUCAGCAGCCGAACAGCCACGUCGGACUCGACCCGUUUCCACCGCCUCAUUCUCAAGGCAAAGCCGGUCCUCUUCACCCGCCCCAGCACCGCCUCUGCGAACCAUCUCCCAAGGCCCUUACUCAGCUACCACCGUCAAUGCUAUCGGAAGCGCCGUUUCCACGCUGACAUCAACCGAGCGAAGUCAGGUGACCGACAGCCUGAAGGCACACAGGCGUUCUAGCUCACUGGCUACGCUCAAGACAUUCGCAUCAGCCACGAACAAUUCAUUGCCGGUCUCUCGAGAUCCCGCCGCAGCAACGUCGUCCCAACAGAUGCCAGCUCCGACCGCGCCGCCACAUCGCCGCGCGCAGACCUAUCGGUUCUCGCGAACUCAGUCGGCCGCGCCGCCGCAGCAAGGUCGCUCGGCAGAGGCGAGCUCAUCGGCAGAUCUUGGCCUGCCUCCUACGCCUCGGAAAUCCUCGGACGCGCCAUAUCGUGGCUCGUCCGAAGAGUACGAGAAGGAGCAGCAACGGCUGAAGGCGGCUGCUGCUGCCAAAUUGGCUGAGGAGGCGGCGUGGGAAAAGACGCGCGGUGCCGGCAGUGCCGUGCUGGACUUGCUCAAGCUGCCCGAACUUGGCGACGAGGAUGAACAAGACUCACGCUCUGGCAGCUCAGGCGAGCAACUGCGUCCGAGCAGCAGAUCCAUCACACCCGGCUCAGGAUCCAAUUCAGGGACUAGCGGCAUCAGUGCUUCAGGGAGUGCCAACGGCACCAGCCACGGCAAGGGCAGUAGCAACGACAGCAGCUCCAACUCGUCACAAACCGACCUCAGCCAGUCCUCCAAGUCCAAGCGCAAGGUGGGCAAACUUUCCAAGACGUGGGAGGCGGCUCGCGUGCUGCCUUCUCUCGACGAUGUGCAGGCUCGCCACCACGACGUGCUCACGAUCUCGUCCGCCGACAAACUGCUCAGCAGAGGCAUCUCGGAAUAUACCCUUCUCCCCAAGAUUCUCGGUCGCGGCAAGUUUUCGAGCGUCUUUCUUGCCUCCAAGCCGCAUGGUCCCACAGGCGAAUCGCAGCUGUUUGCGAUCAAACAUACCCCGCUCUUUCCGCAUCAUCCUCUGAUCGCAACUCGCUUGCUUCGAGAACCUACUCUGUUGGCGGAGCUGCCACCACAUCCCAACCUCGUCAACGUUUACGAAACGAUCCGCACGCCUGGUCACUUCUACCUCGUCGAAGAGUACCUGAAUGGCUACGUCACUCUCGAAGCACUUUUACCCAUGCGCUCCGAGCAGUCACCGCCUCAUCUUCCCAUUCUGCCGACUGGCGUAGCCAACUGCGUACUCGACCAGCUUCUUUCAGCCGUGCAUGCCAUCCAUCAUCCGCUGCAGAUCUGCCAUCGCGACAUCAAACCCGAGAACAUCCUCGUUCAUCCCGAUACCCUCCAGCUCAAGCUUCUUGAUUUUGGUUUGGCCACUCACUUCAGCCGCAGCGAAGCCAAACUGUCGACCUGCUGUGGCAGUCCCGCCUUCCAUUGCCCCGAGAUUGUCACUGCACUCCGAAACCCAGUCGGCACCGUUCACUACUGGGGCCCCGAGGUGGAUGCUUGGACCUGCGGUAUUACCAUGCUUCGACUUUUGACAGGCAUUCGCUACCCCAUCGGUGCCUCGCAUACAAGCGUCCGGUCGAUGAGCAUUCGAGCUCAGAGAGCGGUGGCCACCAUCCACGACCCGGAGCUUCGCGACCGCAUUGGCAAGCUUCUCGAAGUCAAUGGCGAGCGCAGGAUGCGCAAUUUUGAGGACAUGGUCCAGGCGCUAGAAUCAUCGACAGAACAGCCUCAGCCACGCGGCGUCAAGGAUUUCAAGAGCACGACCUUCAUUCCUGUCGAACCGCAGCACAAGAUGAAUCUGCCUCUGGUCAUCGGUCCUGCGGCUGAAGCUGCACUCACCUCUCCGCUGCUGCCGAGCGGCGCCACGCCCAACGCCUCAAAGAUGUCAACGCCCAUGAACUCGAGACCGGCUUCUCCCAACUUCGCAAAUGCGGACGUGACGGAAGCUCACCUCUCGCCGGCGCCUACGCUCUUGCUGAGCAAUCCAAGCCACCAGCCUGCUCAGAGGGUUUUGUCCUACAUCAAGUACUGCCUGCGCUGCGCAGGCAUCUUGUAUCACUGUUGGCCCGACACAGGCUCAAGUACGAGUCUGCCGAGCACACCAGGUCCCUUCGAGGCGGCUUUCCAGGACUAUAACAACGCAGUGACCAAUGGCAGCUCCACUUCGAGCGAGACUACGCCGUUAUCUGCGCACCCUGACAAUCAAGCACCAGCCUCGGUUUCGCCCAGCACACCUUUCCCCAUCCAAGCCGCCCGUUCGGAACGCGAUCCAUACUCGCACAUUCACGUGUUUGAGUGCGUACUCGAGAUCGUCAAUCCUCCCCAGCAUGCCGACGACCAGGAGCCGCAGAGUUUGAUGCAGUCCAUCUUCAGCGCUCUCAGCUUCGGAAGUCGUCCCGCCAACCGACGAAGCCUGUCGACACCGCCGAAGACCGAGAACGCACGCGCAGCCGGCUUGCCGAGGCCACCAGGUACGCCCGCUGAUGCACCCGUCUCCGGCAGUGGAAGCGCUUCGGGCAAGCCUGGCGACGUCAAGUGCCUCACCUUCUAUCUCGUGCUCCGCUUCCCUCGACGACCCGCAGGCCAAGUCAGCUUUGUAGCCUCGCGACCAAGUUAUAGCCGGUCGUCGAGCGUAGCCAGCUUCUCGCAUCGUACGCGUUCACGCGCCUCUUCAGCUGUAGGCGCAGACAGAGAUGCCGGAGGCCUUUCCACGGACACCAUUGUCGAAAGUCGCACGCGCCCCAACAAGCUGCAAAGCAGCCAGAGCUAUGCCGAUCUCGCCACAGGCAUCCACCCGCUUCGCAAGGCCAUGAUCGACUCGAACCACACCACGCCUCGUGCGAGUCGCACAUCAAGCCCGGCCGUAUCGCACGGUGACCUCCGCAAACGCGAGCGAAGUCGUACAGUGCACCACGAGCAGGACCAACAUCGGCGUAAAGCCCACGAUAUCGACCAGGACAAGCUUGGACUCACGAUCGAAACGUCGCCGGAGCUCUUGCGUAUCGCCGAGAAGCAGGCGUCGGCCGGCAACAGCCCGGGCCUGUCCCCUCGUUCCGCUCCUAACUCACGAUCUACGAGUCGUGCUCGUUCACGCAAAUCGAGCCGUACUCGAGCUGCAAGCGCUUCGCACCGGGCUGGUGGCUCGAACAAGAUCUUUGUCCACGUCACGGACACUCGUGCGCUCGAUGCUGUACGCAGGGCGCUCAGCAUUGGCGGAACAACGACCGACUACAAUCCAGACGUUGAGCUCGAGAACGACGACCUGGGUGCGACCUGGUCAAGCCCGGACCUGCGCACACGCGAUGCAGCAUUCGCCGAAGAAUUCGACCAAGCCAUUCGCGGCGGACUCGUCGAUCACAAGCAUCGUCGUCCGACAUCGAGUCGACGCCGAACGCAGUCGCAACGCCUCGCUUCGGGUCUCGCUGCCGCUGUGGCCGAGAAUGCCAGUGUUGGUGCAGGGGACGAGCCAGGGCAAAAUUCACGACCGACGUGGGCAGAUGUGCCCAGCGGCGCGAUGAAGCCUAGAAGCACCAUCUCACACGGCAGCGACGACCAAGAGCAGUACACGCGCGGCCGAUCUCUCGGUCCUGCCAGCAACCUCAACGCAGCACCUACGGGCAUUCCCUUUGCCGCAGCCGGACCUCGUCUCCGAGCCUCAUCGAACCUCGCCUUCGCCGUAGUGCAAGAGGAAUCUUCGCCUUCCAACACGGAGCGCUCGGCGUCGCUAUCCAAGACGAUGCUCGAUCUGCGCGACAAGCCGGAUCCUGAGGGCAAUGCGGCUUCCAGUGUCAAGGAUGUUGCGAGUACCACCAGCUCGGGUGAUUUCGACCUGGUGAAGCAAGUGUCGGCGCUGGAUGCUUUGACAGGCGGACUGCUGACGGGCAACCCGCUGCCCAGUCACGACGAGCUGCUCAGCGCAGUGUCGGGUGUGGCAGAUUUUCUGCUCCAUCUUCAAACGCAGGAUGUAGCGCGAUUUGCACAGGAGCUCGACUCCGCCUCGUUCGACCUGUUCAAGGCGCUUUCGCCGGUGACGGGGCUGGUCGAUCGUUCGUCCGGUGCACCUGUCCAGGUCAGCACGCUUGCGCGUCAGGUAUUGGACCUGCUCGGCGAAACCGCAUCGUCGCGCGAGGUCUACAUGGCCAUCGACAUGCGGUGUGGCGAGAUGCUCGUCGCCGAGCCUCGAUGCGUUGACCCGACCGACGGCGAGCAGCUGUGGGGCUCUGCGGCGGAAGCCAUCUACAUGAUGCGCCUGCUCAACACGGUGCUUCCACGCAUCCGCACGAAAAAGCCACAGGGCUUCUCGCAGGUGUUUGCGCGUCUGCCGCAGUGUCUAAUGCUCGGCUUCGCUUCAAUAGCCGCACAUGCCAAGGGCGCGAGCGAGGUGCUUGUGGAGGAAGCGGUCAAGACGUGCUGCUCGACGGCGCUGAUCUGCGUCGACUGGGAGGCGCACUGUACGGGCAGCACGGAGCGCGAAUCGGUACGACGAACCUCGCGUGAGGCCCUAGGCAGGUUUCUACAAGGUAUCACCGUCUGCCUGCCCUACCUCGCAGGGUCCAACUCGUCUUUAUCCGAAGAGUUCUUCUUCACACAGAACCCGCGGUACGCGCUGUCGAAGCGCGAGCCAAGCGCGGUGAGGCGGAAUGAAUCGCUCUUCGCCGAGAUCUCCAAGACGCUCGCCUCACUCGAAGUGGAUCUGGGCACCAUCUGGUCGCAUGCGCUUGCGGGUAUGUCGCGCGAUCCGGAGGACGAGGAGACGCGCGAGACGCUCACCGCGCUCGGAGUGGCAGGCUUUGUGCUGCACGUGCACCUGCUCUAUUCGGGGUACGCGCGCGAUCGACCGAGCGACUGGAAGGGCGUGCGGGCGCAGACGCAGCUCGAGCUGGCACUUCCCGUGGCGCUGCUCGCCGUGAGCGAGCAGACCAAGGCGGCGGCAUCGCCGGAUUUGGCAGAGGGAAAGGAGGAUGCGUUGGCGGAUACGUCGCUGCUGUGGAUGCAGUGGUGUUGGCAGGGCUUGCAGCAGGAAACAAGGAUGCUGCCGACCGAACUGGCCGUGAGUCUGGCACAGACCUUGGCGACGCAGAGCGUUAUCUCGCCCAGCCCAGGGGCGCGACUGGUGCGGUUCAAGCUGCUGAGCGAGCUGCUCGUGGACAGGUGCGAACCGAAAGCUGGGCUGACAGUGAUCGAGCAGCUGAUCACAGGAUCGCCAUUCGCACAGUUGCGAGCCGGGGCCGUGUCGAUCCUGCGCACCUGGCUGGCCAAGUGGCUGUCGAACUCGGCGAGCGGAGAGGCUGUUUCGGUCCAGAUGCUCGUCGAUCUGCUGAAAGAUGUGCUCAAGCCACCAGCGUCGGAUGCAGCGGCGGAGCUAGCAGAGGAGAGCGGGCGAUGGACCGAACUGCUUUCGCUGGUGUACUGGCUCGAGACGCAGCAUCAAUCGUCAACCAGGGUGGGCGAGGUGUACGCCGAACUGCGGGAGUGCGUGGCUCAUUUUGUCGCUUCGCUCGGGACCCGUUUGGGUCAGCUCGAGGCGGAGAGCGAGGAGGAAGGGCGGAAGUUGGAGCUGCUGCGAGUUGCCCUGCAGAGCGUCAAGGAUGCAUCUCUGGCUUCGAAAGAUAGUUGA